AUGGAGAAUCCGGGCUUCCCGUCCUGGCGUCACAGCCGUAGGGACGAGCUGGCUGAACAAGUGGCUGGCUUUCUCUUUCUGGCAGCAGUGCGUUUCGUACAAGGUCCGUCCGAACGCGGGAAGGGAGAGAGGCGGCCGAGCAUUGUCCGGCGAGGAGCGGCGGCAGCGGCCAGCGGCUGCGCGCUGCGUAUAAAGGCGCGCCGCGGCCAGCGCCCGCCAGUGCAGUACUCGCCGCUCCUUGUGUGUGGCUGCCUGCUGCUGGCUGCUGCUGCUGGUGGCUACUUGCUGCGCUCCGCCCGGGCCACGAUAGAGGUCCUGCCCGGCGUGACCACGACGUCUGGGGACGUCCCGCCGUCGCCUAGUCUAGCCCAGACUAGUCUCUGCUCUAGCCUAGGCCACGCUGCCGCACCGCGCGCGAUGGCCGGCCGCCCACAGCUGCUGCUGCUGGUGAUGGCCGCUCUCGCCGAGGUCUCUGCCCGCCAACUCUACGAGGGCGACCGCUGCUCCGGGGACGGCGUCUGCACCCGGCUGCGCCACUGCCCCCAGCUGCUGCAGCUUCUGCGACAGGGCGGGGACCCGCUGCGCUGCGGGUUCGCCGGCUUCGAGCCCGUCGUCUGCUGCCCCAGACAGGGGCCGCAGGAGCCCGAGCCCGAGCCCGACAGCCGGCUGGCCAGGCCCAGCACCGCCGCGUGCCGAAAUCAUCGAGCAAAUUUCAAUGAAGUUCCGAAGCUCUUCAUUUUAAAUGGUGAAGAAGUUGUCGAGAAGGAAAUUCCUCAUAUGGCGGCGCUGGGCUACCUGCGGCGGGGGUCGGAGCGGCCGUCGUGGCUGUGCGGCGGCUCCCUCAUCAGCCAGCAGUUCGUGCUGACGGCCGCGCACUGCUGCACCAACAGGGUCUGGAAGUCUCCGUCGGUGGUGCAGCUGGGCAGCACGUGGCUGGGCGAGGAGCCGCCGGCGGAGGGCCGCGUCGGCGUGGAGCGCGCGCUGGUGCACCCGGGCUUCCGGCGGCCCGCCUUCUACCACGACGUGGCGCUGCUGCGGCUGGAGCGCAGGGUGGCCUUCGGCGAGAGCGUGCUGCCCGCGUGCCUGCACGGCGACCCGCGGCCGCCCCGGGGGCCGCUCACCGUCGCCGGCUGGGGCGCCACCGACCGCGCGGGUGAGUCCAAUUAUUCUAUUCUUUCAGGUUUUAAGUCAAGCGCUAAACUGCUUAAGACUGAGAUCAGUGUAGUUCCACUGGAGAGGUGUGAGAAGUACUACCAGAGGAAGUUCCCGGAGGGGCUCAACAACUCCAUCAUCUGCGCGGGGGACCCCGCCGGCCAAUCGGACACUUGCUCGGGCGAUUCUGGAGGCCCACUGCAGGUGGAUUGCGACGGCUUGUACACCGUGGUGGGGAUCACCAGCCUGGGGCCCAGCCCGUGUGGGGGUAGCGUGCCAGGGGUGUACACCAGCGUGGCGCACUACCUGGACUGGAUAGAGGAGCACGUCUGGGGCCCAGAAGGGAACUCGUAGUGCCAGCCAAACGUCCAUCGACGGGACGCGCCGUCUGGACUGGACAGCCUGGGGCCCGGGCGGGCGCUCUGAGCGUCAGCCUGACAGCGCGGCCAGCACAUUCCCCAGCGUCGCACACUACCUGGACCGGAUAGGGGGGCACGUGUGGGGCCCGGGCAGGCACCAGCCAGCUGGACUGGUUCUGGGAACACGUCUGUAGGCCGGGCAAACACUUGUACAAGAGCAGUGUGGCCUUAUGUGCUACCACUUGACUAGAUGCAUCCAGAACCCUACACCUGGAUUACA